CGGACGAGAAAAAAAAUAAUCGACAGCUGAAAACCACACACAGGAGAAAUUUGUCCGUCGGAAAAUAUCGUAGAAGUUGGAAGUUUUCUUACAUUCGCGACCGCCGAAACGUCUCGAAAGUGGUGUCCACGGGUGCGCGGAGUUACGGUGCCCUUCUAGAUUACCGAUUCCGGCCGAACCGGACCCGGAAGUGAGCUGAAAAUAGGCUUUUGUUUUCCUGCGCCUAGCCCAUCGCAUUCUAGUGGGGUGACAUUUUUUCCCCCGUCCGAUCAGAGCUUUGCUUGUGACUGCUGGAAGUUUUGUGUGGUGUUGAAAGAACGUGAGCAAAAAACGAUUGUUCCAAGGACAGACAAAUUAAAGAUUGAAGGCAUUAGGAAAUCGCUUGGUGGCCUUCACGGGUUGCGUGUUAGUAGUGUGGUUUGCGUAAGGUUCCGGAUUGCUCGGUUUGAGGUAUUGUGUUUGGCGGAUUAGAAGCAAAGAAAAAUCGACUCCCCCUUCAGAAGGAGGCGGAAGAAUGCGUCUGCCCAAUACGCUCGGCAAGAGCAAACAAGAAAAAUUAUUGCUUGUUCAGCAGUAAGCUUCCCUUUCGAAGGAACAGGUUUUCUGAGAAGUAGGUCACAGAAUUCAUGGAAGGGGACAUUUGCCGUGUUUGCCGCUGUGAGGCACAAUCCGAUCGGCCGCUGUUCCAUCCCUGCAUCUGUACCGGGAGCAUAAAAUGGAUCCACCAGGACUGUCUGAUGCAAUGGAUGCGCUACUCCCGGAAGGAAUACUGCGAGCUAUGCGGGCAUCGGUUUUCCUUUACCCCGAUCUACUCGCCGGAUAUGCCCCGGGUACUUCCGCUGAAAUAUGUCGCCGGAGGGCUGCUGAGCUCGAUUGGAACCGCCGUCAAGUACUGGAUCCACUACAGUAUGGUUGCCGUGGCUUGGCUCGGAGUUGUUCCGCUGACGGCUUACCGGACCUAUCGGUUUCUGUUUUCCGGCUCGAUUGACGUGUUGCUCACGCUCCCAUUCGAAAUGUUCUCUAUGGAAAACAUUGCCAUUGAUGUGCUGCGGGGUUGUUUCGUGGCCACCUGUACUCUGUUUACGUUCGUGGGACUCGUCUGGCUGCGGGAACAGAUCAUUCACGGUGGUGGACCGGAUUGGCUCGAAAGGGAUGAUCCGCCGCCGGUGGUUGUCAACAAUCCGGUUGUGCCAGCUGCCGUUCCCAAUGCUCAACAAGCGGAUGCCGGCAAUGGAAACGGGAAUAAUGGGGCCGAGGAUGACGAUAACAACAACAACAAUAAUAACGAUGACAACAACAACGAGGAGGAGCACAACAAUAACAAUAACAACAAUUUUGUGGAUAACAAUUUGAUCAAUCUGCAGAAUAGGAACCGUCCGGUUGAAGCCGCCGGUAACGAAGCUGCACCCGCCGCUCCCGUUAAUCGACCCAUUCCUGAAAUACCAGCCGAUAAUGUUCCGAUCGAUCCGGCCGAACCACCACCACCAGUUGCCGCGGCAGACGCUGCUGCAGAACCGGAUCAGGACGGUGUCAACGAACCUGCCGAAGGUGCAGCCGACGAAGCCAACUGGAACCCGAUGGAGUGGGAACGGGCUGCCGAGGAACUUACCUGGGAACGGUUGCUGGGACUGGACGGAUCCAUGGUGUUUUUGGAGCACGUGUUCUGGGUUGUUUCCCUGAAUACGUUCUUCAUCUUUAUCUUCGCUUUCUGUCCAUACUCGAUCGGAAACUUCUUGAUUUCGUUCCUUGGAAUUAUUAGUCCCGGUAAACCGCUGCUGCAUUUCCACGGACUGUUGACGACGCUACUGGGGUACUGUGUGAUCGGAAUAACGCUGGUUAAGCUACAUGCCAUUGCGAGGUUCCUGAGAUGGCGUAGGCAACGCAGGAUUUUGGGACUGUGCUACAUUGUGGUCAAGGUAUCGCUGUUGUCCGUGGUCGAGAUCGGUGUGCUUCCCCUGGUUUGCGGCUGGUGGUUGGACAUCUGUUCGCUUCCGAUGUUCGAUGCAACUUUGAAGGAUAGAAAGGCCAGCUUCAAGGCUGCCCCGGGGACGUCCCUGUUUAUUCACUGGAUGUUUGGCAUGGUGUACGUGUACUAUUUCGCUUCCUUCAUCGUGCUGCUGCGGGAAGUGCUACGGCCGGGAGUGCUCUGGUUUCUGAGAAAUCUGAACGAUCCCGAUUUCAGCCCCAUUCAGGAAAUGAUUCACCUAUCGAUUUUGCGCCACGCCCGCCGUCUAAUUGCUUCGGCCAUCAUCUUCGGCUCGGCAGUGCUACUGAUGCUGUGGGCUCCGAUUCAAAUCCUUAAAUCCCUGUGGCCUACCUUCCUACCGUACACGCUUUCCGGGGACUCGGAAGUAAACGAGCUUAGCUUGCAGCUGCUUUUGCUGCAGAUUAUUCUUCCGGGCUUUUUCGAACAAUCGCACACUCGAAUUUGGCUUAAGGGAUUGGUAAGGAUAUGGUGCAACGUCGUGUCUCGCAUUCUCGGAAUCAAAAGCUAUCUGCUGGGAUCGGAUAGAAGACCAAACGAGGAUGAAAUUCCUGCUCGACAACAACCGGACCUUGGAGCUGGAUUGGCCGCCGCCCACCAAGCCAUCAUGCAGCGAGACGUUCCCGUUGGAUUCCAACCGUACGAGCGACCUCCGUUCUUCGCCGUUCGACUCAUAGGGUUGUUGGGACUUAUGUGCAUCAGCUUGGUAAUCGGAUCCCUGAUAACACUAACCAUUCCAGUAUGGAUUGGACGAUACGGAAUGGCCCUGUGGUCAAUGGGAUCUCACAUUACUCCACCACCGAAUACGGUUGCGAAUGUCAAUCCGGAAACACCGCCCAGACCGCACGAACUCUACACGGCUGCUAUGGGAACUUACCUAUGCUGGAUCAUAUCCCGGGGAAUAGCCGUAGCUGUCAAUCUAUUCCCUCAGGGACGGGCAGCCGUCAUGGAGAAGGUUAAGCACUGGAUAUCGGUAGCAACAUCCUAUGCCCUGGCAGCGAUGAUCUUUGUACUUAUGCUUGGCGUCAUCCCCCUGAUGUUCGGAUUGCUGCUUGAACUUGUUGUAGUCAUACCGCUGAGGGUUCCCUUGGAGCAAACUCCGGUCCUGUUCCUGUGGCAGGACUGGGCACUGGGAGUUCUUUACACGAAGAUAGCCUGUGCCCUUACGCUCAUGGGACCCGACUGGGCCCUAAAACAUGCCAUCGAGCAAGCCUACCGGGACGGUCUCCGUGAUAUGAAUCUUAAAUUUAUCAUUCGAGAGCUGGGUGCCCCGGUCAUCACCUGCUUCGGCCUCGCCCUAGCAGUUCCGUACGUGAUAGCCCACUCGAUUCUGCCGAUAUUCUUCACCAAUCAACUAACCAGAAUACUGAUAGCACGCCAGAUCUAUCCCUUCUUCCUGUUGAUUGCGUUCAUCAUCGCAAUCGUGGUAUUACAGAUACGCCAGUUCAAGAAACUCUACGUGGCCAUCAAAAACGACAAAUAUCUGGUCGGCCAGCGGCUAGUGAAUUACGAUCAUCAGCGUAAGAAACGCAUCGAAGCUGCAGCGGCUGCUCAGGCAGCAGCCCAACAGCAGCAGCAACAACAACAGCAAAAUGCUGCUGCUGCUGCCGUCGCCGAUGGAAACAGACAACCGGAUCCGGCUGUAGCCGCUGCCGCCGCCCAAGCAGUUCAGUAAAUAAAUCGACAGAAAGCGUGCAAACAGAGUUUAUACAAACAUAGCAAAAAUUACCCGAUUCGGGUUAACAUCCUAAAUGGAAGAACAAAAUCGUGCAAAAUGGAUCAACCCUCAAAAUGAGCAGUUCGACAAAUUGAACGAUAUUAAAUUAUUGAGGAGUCACAUCAGCACACCGCUUAGUCAUUCGGCCGCCACAGAAUGGAUUAAAACAAACCUGUUGUAGUUUUUUUUUUAAAUAUUAUUAUUAUUUUAUACAUACUAUUUGGGAAUGUAGUGUAUCAUAGUUUAGAGAAAACAAAAAAAAACAAAACAAAAUCAAUGAAAAAUCAAGAUAAACAGAUCAUACUGUUUGUUAUAGUAGUCGUAAAUAGCGAGUUUAUGAUAAAAAAAAACUAACUUCUAAGUUCUAUGCAAUUCGAGGGGAGGGAAAGUCGGACAACUGGAAGAAGAGUCGUGUUAGACGCGCUUGGUACGCGGAAAUAUAGGACUCGUGUGUAAAAAGUGAGAGCAGGAAGUGUAGUGAAUAUGCGCUAUAAUAGUAGCAAAAAUGGCAAUCGGAAAUUUCAUCUUCAUUUCUUCGGCCCGAAACGAGCCUCUAACGAAUAAUAUGGAUUAUGCAACUAUCUAUAUAGAUAAAAUUGAUUGGAUAUUGAACUAUAUCGUUGUUUUAACCCAACCGAGAGCGAGAAAAAAAGACGGUCAGAAAAGUAGUCCGCCUUAAGAUUCAAAGAUUCUGUAUAAAUAAAUUACUAUGGUGAACAUAUAGAAAAGAACGCAUAAGAAGGAUGGAAAUCAAUGAAAACUGCAUAACCAAAAGGCUUAACCACACUGUUCUUCGUUACAAACGCUGAUCGCUGAUCCUAUCGUUGUGCAGACCCAUGCAGAAAACAAACAUUAGGAUAUUUCUCCUUUUUAUUACACACGAUACUAACACAAAAACUGAAAGAAAGUAAAGAACUGAAAAAAUAAAGUAAUUGUAAAUGAA